GGCCUGUCUAGUUAGUUGACAAUGUACGUUAUGGACUGGGCAGCUGCUAGCACCACAUUAUUCUCAGUAGUUCUUUGUUCAAUAAUAAUUGUGGUAGCCGCCAAGGUUCUAAAAGCAAAAAACAAGUUGUGUAAUCAUGUGUGUACACGACCACUUCCUCCUGUGGUGAAUGUCCUAGCUCUCAUACCUCCGCUUCUUAACAAGGGCUUGCAAGCUACGAUCCAGGAUCUAUACACAAAGUUUGGCAGUGUGUUCACCAUAAACUUGCUUGGACCCAAGGUGACCCUGUUGAUUGGACCGGAGGUGUCAGCUCAUUUCUUUCAAGGGCUGGACUCAGAGAUUAGCUGGGGUAAUUUGUUGGAGUUCACCGUUCCAAUGUAUGGUCAAGAGGUUGGGUUUGGGGUAGACACCGCGACUCGCAAUGAACACUCAAACUUCAUUAUUCAAGCACUACAGCCAUCCAAGUUGAGGAGCCAUGUUGAUCCCAUAUUUCAAGAAGUGGAGGCCUACUUUGCAAAGUGGGGACAAGAUGGCACAGUUGAUCUUAAACAUGAACUUGAGCAGGUGCUCAUGUUGACCUCUAGUCGGUGGUUACUAGCAGAUACGGUUCGGCAUCAAAUGAUACCAACUGAAAUCUAUUCAUUGCUUCAUGAACUUGAGAACGGGGCAACCAUCAUCAGUUUCUUAUUCCCAUAUAUUCCAACACCGGCAAACCGCCGACGUGACAAGGCACACAUCAAACUGAAAGAAAUAUUCUCUGCCGCAGUUAGGUCACGCAGCCAAGCACAGGAGGAUGCAUUACAGAGGCUAAUUGAUUCCAAGUACAAGGAUGGUCGCCCCACGACCAUAGCAGAAAUCUCUGGUAUGAUGAUCAUCCUCAUUUCUACUUCAAGGCACACGAGUUCUCACACUAGUAUAUGGACUGGAGCUCGCUUGCUGAGCAACACGAAGUUCUUAAUGGCGGCCGUCGAGGAGCAAAAACAUAUCAUUAUUAAGUAUGGAAACCGGAUAGACUACAAGGCCUUGUUAGAGAUGGAUACCCUGCACAACUGCAUAAAGGAGGCACUUAGGAUGCACCCAGCGCUUCCAGUGUUAUUUCGCAAGGCACAGAAGACAUUCAAGGUCCACACCAAGGAAGGCAAGGAAUAUGACAUACCAGGAGGUCAUAACGUCACAAUUCCGACCGUAUUUAACAGUAAGCUGCCAUACAUUUACAAGGACCCUGGGGUGUAUGACCCUGAUCGGUUUAGUCCUGGGAGACAGGAGGACAAAGUUGGUGGCAAGUUCUCGUACACAUCAUUUGGUGGUGGAAGGCAUAUUUGCCCUGGGAUGGCCUUUGCUUAUCUGCAAAUUAAACUGAUAUGGAGCCAUCUUUUAAGAAACUUUGAGCUCAAGCUAAUGUCUCCUUUCCCAAAGGCAGACUGGAGCAAGAUAACUCCAGAGCCCAAAGGAAAAGUAAUGAUAAGUUACAAGAGACGUCAGCUGCAUUGA